UCUUCUACAAAUUACAGGCAGCAGGAUUUAUUUACAUUUGGUUUUUGUAAUCAAAAAAGGUUUUUUUGCGAAAGGAUUUUUUAGAAAUAUGUUCAGUUAAAUCAAUUUGUAAGUUUUCUAAGGUUCACGGAUCGUAUUGUUCUGGGCGACGACUUGUAACGGUGAAAAUAGAUGUACAAACAGUUUCCCAAAUGUGUUACUUUAUAGAUAAUGGAUCCAAGAAUGUGUAGAAAAAUUAGUAGCAGUGAAAGUCUUCCCGAUGCUGAAAAUAUCGAAUACGAGGUCGCCGAUAUCAUGGCUCCCCAAGAGAGCGAGGAGAACUUUCUGUUGGAGGGCAGCCCAGAGAGGCACUCCGUCACCUGGUUAGACGACGAUCAGAUAGAUGAAUUAGAUCUUAAUUUAGACCAAACAAAUGAUAUUUUUUAUAGAGUCGAUAGUGCAGAUAUAAUUUAUCGUAGUAAAAAGAAAAAAUGUAAGCUAAUAGGAAAAUACGUUAUGGGCGACGUGUUAGGGGAGGGCUCGUAUGGAAAAGUCAAGGAAAUGCUGGACUCCGAGACGUUAUCCAGGAGGGCCGUUAAAAUUCUAAAGAAGAGAAAGCUCAGGAGAAUACCAAACGGCGAACAAAAUGUCCAGAGAGAAAUACAACUGCUACGGAUACUUAGACAUAAAAAUGUGAUAGAACUAGUCGAUGUAAUGUAUAAUGAUGAAAAGCAGAAAAUGUAUCUUGUUAUGGAGUUUUGUGUUGGUGUUCUCCAGGAUAUGCUCGAGUCUAGUCCUGGUAAAAAGUUUCCUCAGCGCCAAGCGCACAAUUACUUCACUCAGUUGUUAGACGGCUUAGAAUAUUUGCAUGGACAGGGCGUGGUACAUAAAGACAUCAAGCCUGGGAAUCUACUCCUCACCCUGGACCAAACAUUGAAGAUCACAGACUUUGGAGUUGCUGAAGCCUUAGACAUGUUCUCUCCAGAAGACACAUGCUACAUAGGACAGGGCUCCCCGGCUUUUCAGCCACCAGAAAUUGCAAAUGGAGCUGAAAAAUUCUCUGGUGUGAAAGUUGACAUAUGGAGCAGCGGAGUCACAUUAUACAACAUGACGACGGGGCGUUACCCGUUCGAGGGGGACAACGUGUAUCGGCUGUUGGAGGCGAUCGGGAGAGGGGAGCCCGCCCCCCCGCCGCCUUCGCUCGGCCCCCCCCUCGAGUCCCUCCUCACGCAGAUGCUGAAGCGAGACCCCGUGCUCCGGCCCACCGUGCACGAGAUUAGACGACAUCCGUGGGUGCUAGCGGUACCUCCUCUCCCGGCGGGCGAGCGGUUGGUGGCGCCGCGGUCGCGCCGCUCGGACGACACCCACACCACCACCGUCAUACCGUACCUAGUAGAGAGACACUACCAGGACCCACACGACUACUUCACCGAGCGGGAGCUGAGGAACGAAAUGGGCGACUGCUCCCGAACCAUGUCUACAGCUGAGAUCUCUGACGCGGAGUCCAACCAGUGUAAAAGAAGAUGGCACUCUUCCUGCGGCCGCCUGCCUUGCCGUCUCACGUGACUCUACUGAUUUUAUACUUGCUAUACUAUGAUUUAUAAUCUGUGGCAGCAGGGGUACUUGACAGUGUAUUCGUAAGAGCAAGUCGUGAGUGACAGUGAAAAACCAGCAACGCACCUGCAGCUCUUCAUGUUGCGAGUGUCCAUGGGCGACGGUAGUUGUAAGACAGUACUCUAGUCUCUGUCAGCACUGUCUCGCCUCUCUACUCGGUAGGUGUAAUCAUAGGCAAUGACACUGUUUUGAGA